AUGUUGAGGGCUGUGUCCAGUAUUUAUAUUGAGAGUAAAGCCUUCGCUGUAGUCAGACGUGAUGUAAUUAAAUUAUUUCGCACUACAGCAUACUCGGGAACCACUUCAAACCAGACUGUCUUGGCUGGAGCGAGCCCAUCAAAACAAGAUCCAGUUCCGCUGCAGUCGACACCGCUACCCACACCCCCAUCCCCUCCCUCCCAGCCUCCGCCACGAGGACCGCGACGCGGCUGGUUCACCGCUACCGCCGUCGCUCUUACUGCUUCUGUUGGAGGGGUUUAUUUUUAUCGAAAAUUGAACAAUAAUGAGGAGGAGCAACAAUUGAAGUUGGAAAGCAAGGAAGAGAGUGAGGAGAUAGAGGGGACCCCGAUCCCGUCUAGUGCGGAGUCACUGCCGAGACAUGUGGAUUACUUGGUGGUGGGUGGUGGCACGGCGGCCUUCGCGGCUUUACGAGCUAUCCGCAGCGUGAAACCAGAAGCGCGGGUGCUGCUGGUGAGCGAGGAGAUUGCUCUGCCGUACAUGCGGCCCCCGCUCAACAAGGAACUGUGGCGCGAACCUGAUUUGGCGACUCGAGCGGCAGACCCCGAUACGCUCGUGUUUCACCAGUGGAACGGGAAGCGCAGGAGAUUGGCGUACGAGCCCAAUUCGUUCUAUUUGCCGACGGAGAAGUUGCGAGAGGGAUCUCCCGGCGCUGGAGUAGCUCGCGGCUGGACCGUGACCGCGCUGGACGUGGACAAGCACGAAGCCAAGUUGUCAGCAAGAGGCACCACCGCCACACUUACUUACGACAAGUGUCUCAUCGCCACUGGUGCGCGCGCUAAGCGGUGCGCAGCGCUGCGUGCAGCGCGCGGCGCGGGGCUGGCGCUGGCGCUGCGCAGCGCGCGCGAUGCUGCGCGCUUGGACGCAGCGCUGCAGCGCUCGCGCGGCAACGUGGUCGUGCUGGGCGGCGGCGCGCACGCCUGUGAGCUGGCCGCAUCACUUGCAGAACGCCUGCGUGACACCGACAAGCGCGUGGUGAUGAUGUUCCGUGAGGCGACUCCGCUGGCGGACGAGUUACCGGACUACCUGGCGGCACACCUGGCGCGCACGCUCCAGACCCUCGGCGUGGACCUGCUGCCCAACACCGAAGUGACCGACAGCCGUGUGAGCUCGGAACAAGUGUACCUGCAGCUGAGCAAAGUGGGAGGUGAGGAGAUCUCUCCGAGGAGUGAGGAAGAGGGCUCAGAGCUGGUGGCUUCGCUGGUGGUGGAGUGCGUGGGAAUCGAGCCCAACACUGAGCUGGCAGCGUCUUCUGGCCUCGAGGUGCAUCCGGACCUUGGAGGCGUCGUCGUUAACGCAGAGAUGCAGGCUCGCGCCGGCGUGUUCGCGGCGGGCGACGCGGCGUGCUUCCACGAGCCGCUGCUGGGGCGGCGGCGCGUCGCGCGGCACGACCACGCGGUGGCGUCGGGCCGCGUCGCCGGCGCCAACAUGGCGGCGCUCGAGCCCCCCCGCCCCUACACCCACCAGCCCAUGCUGUGGACCGACGUGGGCCCGCGACUCGGCUACGAGGCGAUUGGAAUAAUCGAUUCUCGGCUUCCAACCGUGGGAGUCUUCUCAGCGGAUGCGGUCACUGAGGCGGGCGCGAUCACAAACAGAGAAGAAGACGCGGCAACUAAACAAAUUGUUCUAGAAGUGGGCAAAGAAAUCCCCUCUGAAUCAGCUUCAAGUAAAGAUGCGAGCAAGGAGACUGAUGGUGAAAUUCCCAGCAGUGGGACGUCGCUCCAGCGAAGUGCGACCAGCUCGGAGCCCUCGUCGCGUAGCUAUGAGCGGGGAGUCGUGUUCUACUUAAAGGAUAAACGGGUGGUGGGGGUGCUGCUGUGGAAUCUGUUCAAUCGCAUGCACAUCGCUAGACAGGUUCUGAAGCAGGGCGAGUUCGAGGAUAUGUUCGAGGUGGCGAAGUUAUUCUCAUUACAUGAGGAGGACUGA